UUUCGGAGCAAACGAGACAAGCACAGCCAGCGAUACAUGCGUCGAAGGAAUUAUCACCGACAAAUAUCUCUCCGAAGCGCCACAAACCACCUGGAGGUAUGCUUAGCGACGCUUUUCGUCGCGUGUUGUGAGCCGUGGCGCUCGGAAUCGGAAAAAGUGACCGGGAAAAAGUGUAUUUUAAUGCGCGGUUUGAUGACGUAAUGUUGAUUGUCCAACGCGAAAUGGCGAGCAUGCUAAACGGCCCGUUAAUGUUAUCGGCAACUCUCAGGUGGUGCCCUAGGUUUAUUUCGACCACGUUCCGUCGCAGGGAUGAUUACAUAGACGUAUUUGACACAGGAAAGAAUCUGGUGAAUAAUGGCAGCUGAAGUGAUAGGAGGCAGUGAGUUCCCAGAUCACUACAAAGUCAUGAUGGACAAACUGAAUGAACAGCGACAGUUGGACCAGUUCACAGACAUCACUUUGAUUGUAGACGGGCACCAGUUCCGAGCACAUAAGGCAGUGUUGGCAGCCUGCAGUCAGUUUUUUCACAAGUUCUUCCAGGAUUUCACCCAGGAACCCCUGGUGGAGAUUGAAGGAGUGAGUAACAUGGCGUUCCGGCAACUGAUGGAGUUCACGUAUACGGCCACGCUAGCUGUCGCGGGCAAAGAAGAAGCCUUCGAUGUCUGGAAGGCUGCCGAAUACCUCCAGAUGCAGGAAGCCAUCAAGGCACUCGCCAACAAGAGAGAUGACAGUCCUUCAGUGAUACCAAAGAGCAACAGUAAAAAGAGGAAGAUUGCUGAGACGCUUUGCGUCAUCACAGAAGCCCUACCCAUAGUGGAAGAACAGGUGGAGAUAGCGAUGACAGCGGACAAUGCAAUCGAGGUGGAGGACUCUGGGCUAGAGGAGGUGGUGGACGCCGCAAAGAACGCCCAAUCAAACGACUCCGCGUUGGCUCUGCUAGCAGACAUCACCAGCAAAUAUCAGCAAGGGGAACCUUCACUACAGGUCAUCAAGAGGGGAGAAAUGGAAGAGGUGCAGGAAGUCCUGUAUCAGGAAGAAACGGUGACUGCCUCUAAGGUGCUGGAGAACGUGGAGGUAGUGGAGGUCCAGAUUUCCGAAGUGGACAACUCGUUCCGCUGUAGCAAGUGCGACCGAACCUUUAAGAUGUACUACCACCUCAAACAGCACCUGAAAACGCACUUGAGUCUGCUGAAGAAGCCACACGUGUGCAGCCACUGCGGCAAAGCCUACACGCGGGAGGGCGCCUUGAAUCAGCACUUGAGCUCCUUCCAUUUUGAUGUGGAGGAACAGGCCCAAAACCAGAAAGCCUCAAAGAGAGUUCACGUUUGCGAGUACUGUAAGAAGCACUUCGACCAUUUCGGACAUUUUAAGGAGCACCUGCGAAAACAUACUGGUGAAAAACCAUACGAGUGUCCAGACUGUCACGAACGAUUUGCGAGGAACAGCACGCUGAAGUGCCAUAUGGCGGCCUGUCAGAACGGGGCCGGAGCCAAGAAAGGACGCAAGAAACACUAUGAAUGCCAGGUAUGCAGCAGUGUCUUCAACAGCUGGGACCAGUUCAAAGACCAUCUUGUGAGCCACACUGGAGACAAGCCCAACCAUUGCACCAUGUGUGACUUAUGGUUUACUGACCCUCAGGAGCUAAAGGCACACCUCAAAGACGUUCACUCCAUUGAGGACGAAAAGCCGAGCGAAGAGCUGGUCGUCACUGACACAGUAGCGACCGCAGCGCUCACGAUCACCACGCAGAACAUCGAGACCACGGAAACGGUGCUGCUGGACGACGGCAUCCAGGUGGAGCACGUCACAGUAAACCCCAUCGAGGUGAUUGAGAUGGAAGAGACGACGACAGUCGUGGUGGACGACGGAGGGGUGGCCGAGAUGUGCGAAGAGGAUGUCGAGAGACUGAAGAAGGCGGGCGUGCAAAUACAGGUGGUGCGCGUGUCCUCCAGCGAGGUGGAUGAGCAGCAGGUGACCCACCCUCAGGUGGAAGUGGAGUUGGACGGAGAGAUGAUCAACAUGGAGGAAACGAUACAAGCGGUGGUUGUAUGAAAAAGUGAGCGAGCCAUGAAAACAAUGCUUGAAGGAUACUGAACACUUAGUUCCUGUUUUUUUUAUCAUCAAGAUCGAACUUCCUUAAUUCUGCCAAAUGGACAAAGAUGUGGAUUUGCCAUGUUGUAUUUAUUUUAAAAUUGUCAUCCUGUCGCAAGUUGAGCCCUGAGUGCUCUUGCUUUUUUUCCUCUUUUUUUUUUUAUUUUUUUAUUUUGCUCAACACCUACCGGUAUUCCUCAGUGGUCAAGGUGCAGUUUUGUUCCAGCUAAUGAAUUAUUUUUGUUAGUAAAAAUAACAGGAAUAAAUAGUAUUACUAUAUGCCCUUAAAAAACGCUUUCACCCAUCUCACAUUAUCUAUUCACAAACGUUUUUGAGCCAUUGCACAUAUUUUACAUUAGAACAAUUGCAUGGUACACAACCAAACAAAAAUGUCACAAAAAGUGCGUACAGUAUAUUGAAAUAAUGAUGAUUUUGGUCUGUUUGCUUACUCAUUGUGAAAUCUGGGCCUUUUUAAUUGACCACAAAGCUGUCAUUCUGUUGUAUGAAUGGCAACAGGUCAAUACACAGGUUUUCUGGUACCUUCUGCCAUCUCGUAGAGCAAGAGUCAUUCACUGCCAUUGAUGGCUGUUGAAUUAAAAUAUCCAUGUUAUCAUGGAGGACUGGCAGUGAAAUUAAUUGUUCUACCUGUUACUGGCAUAAAGAUAAAUGAACAAGAUGGUGCAUUAGUA